AUGGCCAACACCCUAGACACGCUGAUCAGACAACAUCCUUUACAGAGACUCCCUUCUCCAUCUCGAGGCGUCUCUGCUCUGGUCCAUACCAUUGGUCUCGCCAGCUUCGCUUAUUCUUUCAACUACCUCGUCGAACAUCCCAAUCACAUCAAUCAGGCUUACGGAUGGCAUUUCCAAUACCUCACCAUCAUCGGCCUUACAUUGGCAACCAUCACUUUCAGCUUAGCUCUCCUUGCCGACCUCUCCCUUUCGCCUCAACUGUUCGUCAGCAAAAAUGUCUUGUCCAUGUGCUCCGCGCCUAUGGAAGUUCUCGUCAGUGUCUUGUACUGGGGAUUGCGAGCGAUUGAUCCUGCUCUGGUCGUGCCUAAGGAGCUCGAACUACCUUUACCUGCCGACCUGAGCUUCCACCUUGUACCGAGCCUGCUCUUACUGAUCGAUUUGUUGUUUCUCAGCCCUCCCUGGACCAUCACCGCCCUGCCCGCCGUCGGCUUAAGUACCUUCAUCGCCUUUCUCUACUGGUUUUGGAUUGAGCAGUGUUACACUUACAACGGAUUCUAUCCAUAUCCCAUCUUCGCCAUGUUGGAGCCUGGUCAGAGAGUUUUCUUGUUCUUGGGCAGUGCAAUGAUUAUGGCAGCGAAUACGAUCGUUUUGAAGUGGGUGCACGAAAAAGCUAAUGGCUUGGGUAAAAAGUCGGUGGCGAGUCCUGGGCGUAUGAAAUGA